AUGGAAGAGUUACACAUGGCUGCUGCAGCGUACUAUAACAAUUCCUCCUGGCAACUUCAGCAGCUAGCAGGAAACUUCUUCGGCUCAAUGGAUAUGAAUGGGGAUGGCCGAGUUAGCUUCCAUGAGUUCGUGGCAUUCUUCAGGUGGGACAACCCCAACAAUGGGGACGGUAGCUUGGAUUUCUACGAAGUCCUCACAUUGUACUACAUCAUGAAAACCCGGGGUGUGUGGUGCAAAAACUGCAAAGCAUGCCUUUUGGGACUCUAUUUCACUUGCGUCCAAUUCUUUGACACCGCUUCCGACCCCUACGAUCUCUGUGGUGCGUGCUAUACAGCAUGGAGCUUCCACCACCCCCACGCCUCCUUCUUGGAUAACUACGUCUUGCUACGCUCCAAAAGAGGCCUUCCUCCUGGUGUAGCAAAUCCCAAUCUGGUAAUUAAGCCAAUGCUAGCUGCCUUCCUCCUGGUGUAG